GUAGAAACAUAUUAAAAUUUGCAGUAAAAUAUAAAAUAAAGUGAAAUAUAAAAUAAAUACAUAUGUAACAACCUCUUCAAGACAAUUAAGGAAACAUUUAUUUUUGCUUUAAUGAUCUUUAAACACUAAUCAUUAGAAGUAAAAUGAUUAAUAGUUAAAGUCAGUUGUCAAGCAAAGGUUCGAAAUAUGACCUGGUUUCUGCAUUUCUUUGUUUUAUUUGAUAGAAAACUAAAUAUGUUUUGGUCAAACAAAACAAGCAAAGACACCCUCCAGGGUUCUGGAAUAGUUUAGGUUUUCAUAGACUAAAGUUAAUAAUGUACAAAAUAAUCGGCAGUCUAAUCGACAAUGAAAAUAUCGUCAAUACAUCCACAAUAAUAAUAAUAAUAUUAGUUUUUCUUUUAGACAGACUCUGAAUAAAUACAAUGUAGUUAAAUCAAUUUAAGAAUCCUGUAAGUCUCCAUUCGUGCCAACAUAAAACUACAUUAACCAUGUUUUAUUGUAAUAUAUUAUUCAAUUUCAAUACAUUUAUCAAUCUGUUUCCGGGUGUGUCCACCUUUCUUGUCCCACUAAUUUGUCCCCAGCGGAAGUUCUCUUCGCGGCGCUAGGACCACGCGGACAACAAUUCGCGGACACACUUUACAACAAGGAGAGGGGAGGUUUCACUCCGGCUGGAAUCUUAACAAAGUUCCUCUUAAAACAUUUUUCUGUGGUAGUAAACGGCGUAUAUAGGUAUAUAAAAAAACGUUUUGUAAUUUUAAAUACGAAUCUCAGUUGAACGGGGUCGUCAGUUGUUGCGUUUAUGUCUUCUUCCUCUUUUUCCCUGUGAUCUUCCUGAAAACACACCUGCGUGAUUCAGGUGAAGAGGAAGAGGGAAGUCCUUGGGCAUUGAGCGGCGAAAGGUUGUCCUGCAGGGAUGUGUUCCAGUCGGGGUAUAUGCGGCAACAACAACCGUCCCAACAGAUCCUCCGGCUCAGAGGGCAGCGGUUCGGGCGCUCACUAUGCCCUGUGCGCCCUUGGAGUGGGACUCAUAGCCCUGGGUAUCGUCAUGAUUGUGUGGACUGUGAUACCGAUGGACGGAGAGGACUCCCCCAACUCGUCAACCAACUCCACUGCGACUCCGACUGACACAGAGGAAGACAACGACAGCACGAGUGCUUCAACAGUGGCUAUGGUGCUGGUUGGAGUAGGGGCGGGCUUGUUGCUUUUAUCCAUUUUCCUCGGUCUGAGGAGCAGGAAGAGACAACUUAAUGCAAGUAGCCAGCCAGUGGCAACAGGAGUCCCCCUCAUGAACCAUGUGGCAAGGGAGCAGGAGGAAGCAGCGGCAGACCGAGCUACAUACACCGUGCCGAGUUACGACGAGGUUGUCGGCAGUGAGGACUACCCCGUCCGCCACAGCAACCUUCGCAGUAGCACCUCCCAGCUGCCGUCCUACGAGGACAUCAUAGCUGCUGUGGAAAAUGAGGGAACAGAGCCCACUGACAACCCCACCGAGGCCGUCCCUCCUAAUGAUCCCACACCAGCUCCGGCUGAACCUGCUGCUGAGAUCCAGGCUGAACCUUCUGGCCUUCGAUCAAACCCCAGCCUGCCCACUCGCAGUGCCAGCCGGGUGAGCCGUUUACUGCGGCCCCUCCGGGUGAGGAGGAUCAAGUCAGACAAACUGCACCUGAAGGACUUCCGCCUCCAAAUCCGCAGCCCCACACAGAAUCCAGUGACCAUUGAACCCAUCACUCCGCCACCGCAGUAUGACAAAGAGAUGCCGGAGUUAGGGUAGUGUCUCUUGCUUAUUCCCUGCUCUCGAUGAAUAUAAAUAACUCUGUUUCUGAGAACCCAUUUUCAAGGUUGGUAUUAAGUAGGUUAAAUGUAGCUGGGAGCGGCGUGAUGGAAGCCAUGCAGAUACACUCCUGAAAUGAGAACACCGUCUUCAUCACUGGAGCUUGUGAUUGGCAGAGCUAUUCCUUCUUAUUCUAUAAAGCAUAAUUAAGUCUGUGUGAAAGGAUACGCUGUCAACGUUGAGAUUUAGUUUGACAGAACUGUCAAAACAUGGGACAGCCUUUCAGUUUUAUUUCAUAGCCAAUUUUGUGUUGCAAUAGACAAUAUCCUAAACUUUUAUGUUUUUCACCUCAAUUCUUAUUGUUACUGUAUAUUGAUGCUGAUUAAUUGUGGAACAGUUUCAAUCAUAUUAUUGUAAUUCAAAAGGGGUAAAGGGAAACUCAUUACCUGUGAGAUUUUAAAGUUAUUAAGUAUGCAACCUUUUUGUGAUUUGUAAGUCUGAAGAAAAUGCACUGAGGCCAAAAAAUUAUGAUUUUAAAAAAAAAGCUGUUUGUGAGCCGUUUUAAAAUCUUUGCAUUAAACAGUUUGUUGAAAAUGAAAAUGCCAUCUAUAAGACAUUCAGUGUGAACUGUAAAAUAUUGGAAACACAGAAUCCACUGUAACAGUAAAACCAGAGAAAAACGAUUGGAUAUUCUGGUAUGGGAAGCAACAUUAACAAUUAUGCAUUUCUUCAUAGGACUUUAUAGGUAUUCAGAUGUUUAAGCUGUGCUGUAUGUUGUUGGUAAAGACUGGAGAAUAAAUGUUUUCGAUUUCAUUUACCUCA